UUUUUUUUUUUUUUCUUGUUUUUUUUUUUUUUGGGGGGGGGGGGGGUGCAAUAUUGUUUUAUUUAUAUCCAUUUCCUCGUUAUCGAUAAUUAUUUAUACAAGCAUUUAAGUGUGUGUGCCAGCCUCGAAGUCCCCUGAAUUGGACAAUUUAGGCAAAAGCGGCAGAGCUGAGACUCUGCCUUCUUGUCUUUUUGCAGAAUUUCCUCGGGAGUUAAGGUGAUAUUGUAAAAGCUUCGAAACCUCAACUUUAAUAGCAGGCUCUACUGCGCCCAGGAAUUACUUUUCCAUUCGGACGUACGAACAGGACCAUGUUUGCAACAACUAAAGAGGCAAAUGAGAACAAGUCUGACACUCGGCACAGCUCGGGAACCUGACGCACCCGAAAAACCAGAUAACUGUGCCAACACUCCACGACUCUAAUGGCAUUACGUGUAGUCUCGGGACAUUCGUGAAAUCCUAACCACAACGGCUGAAAACAGCUCGAAGCUCGUCCACGUCGCAGGACGUUCGCUUCAGCGUGACCAUCCAUCUAACAGGCUGCAUUGGCGUCGCUUCUUCAGAUUGAGCAGGAUUUCUGGCCGCCCUCCACCCCACGGCUCGCAAUGGGAGACGAGCGCAGGAAGUCCGCGAAUUGCCCGUUCUCCGGAUGUCUCGAUUAGCCCGAGUUGUUCUUGGUCGUCGCGCAAUCGCGGCUGCCGCUGCUGUCGGCGAGACGGCCCGGAGCUGGCGAUGAAGCUUCCCAGGAAAAAAGAAGCGCGAACCGGAUUUGAACGGGAUUCCACGCGCCGCGGUCGCAGACGAGUCGGCGCCGCCAUCGGUCCCCGUGGCGCCAUCUGCGAACCCCGGGACGUACUCGCGCGCUGCCUUCGUGGCAUUUCUCGUCCGUUCCGUCCGUCAGCUGUUUUACGUCCGGUCAGCGGCGUUCGAACGCGAGUUGGCUCAGGUUCCCUGCCCCAUCGUAACACGGUGUAGGUUAGCGAAGGGCUGAGGUGCGGUUUUUCAGAGUGCCCGCCACUCGAAACGAGUCGAAGGUAGUCCCACCCAACCCUGAGACGGAGGAACAACAGCAGCACGUGGAAGAGCUGGGCAGGCGAGGGUCAGUGACCUGCUGGGGUGUCCGGUAACUGCGUCCAGAGGAGGACAGCCGGCGAAUCGGAGCCGAACCUUCUUCUGGGGGGGCUACAUCGGGGCCGCUGCUGUCCCAAAGAGAGAAGUGCGUUUAUCCGGGUCGUUUGUGGCAAGAGCGGCGGCGUCGGCGAAAGGGGUGCUACUUCUCCGAUGUCGAACCGGGCCAGUGGAUCAAGGUCCUCUUCUGCGGCGUCGUGUGGCCUGGUCGGCUCGGCGCUGUUCGCCUGUGGCGUGCUGUACGCCGUGCAGCCGGGCUCCCGAUGGUUCUCGUGGCAUCCCACCCUCAUGACGUUAGCGUUUGGGCUGUUGACGCAACCUGCGGUGGCGCUGCUCAUGUCCCGCCCCCUGCCCGUGCUCCGGGCCAUUGGAUCGCAUCGUCGCCGAGUAUUCCUGCACUGGGUUCUUCAGGUGACGUCGCUCUCGUGCGCCGCCGUCGGGUUCUGGGUGGCGUACACCAACAAGGAACUGCUCUCCAAGCCGCACCUGACCAGCUGGCACGCCUGGGCGGGCGCGGCCGCUCUCUGCCUGUCCGGGACCACGGCCGUCCUGGGGCUCGCGACCCUCUGGAAGCGGGUCCUGGCACCCCGGACGAGCCGGAGCGCGCACGUCUUCCUGGCGGCCCUCUCGCACACCCUCGCCGUCGGCGCGCUCCUCUCCGGACUGCGGUCGGCUUACUUCGACGCCCUGGUGCCAAGCGUCGUGCCUAAACUCUGCCUGGCGGCACUUCCGUGCGCGUCUCUCGUCGCCGUCUUGUCGCAGACCCUUCGCCUCUAAAUAAAGAGCGGUGUCCUCCCGGCUCCGGAGCUCUCUUUCGCG